AUGUCUGCUGCUGCUCAGCCAAAGGUUCCAAACUACACCAUCACCGAUUACGCCAAGUUUGCUGUGGCUGGUGCUAUGGGCUGUGGUCUUACCCACGGAGCCAUGACCCCGAUUGAUGUGGUCAAGACCAGAAUCCAAUUGGACCCUCAAGUGUACAACAAGGGUAUGGUGGGCUCCUUCAAGCAAAUCAUCAAGACCGAGGGUGUCGGAGCCUUGUUGACUGGGUUGGGCCCCACUGUUCUUGGCUACUCCUUGCAGGGUGCUUUCAAGUUUGGAGGUUACGAGUUCUUCAAGAAGCAGUUUAUCGAGUACUUGGGCUACGACACUGCCAAGAAGUACAAGGACUCCAUCUACAUUGGUUCUUCGGCUUUAGCUGAGUUUUUCGCUGAUAUUGCCUUGUGUCCCUUGGAGGCCACCAGAAUCAGAUUGGUGUCUCAGCCAACUUUUGCUAACGGUUUGGUUGGCGGUUUCACCAAGAUUGCCAAGGAGGAAGGCUUUGGCUCUUUUUACAACGGUUUCACUCCAAUCUUGUUCAAGCAGAUUCCUUACAACAUUGCCAAGUUUUUGGUUUUCGAGAGGGCCGCUGAAGCUAUCUACACCGCCAUCCCAACCCCAAAGAAGGACUUGUCGACCGGCACCCAAACCGCCGUCAACUUGGGUGCUGGUAUCAUUGCCGGAUGCGCUGCUGCUAUUGUUUCCCAACCUGCGGACACCUUGUUGUCCAAGGUCAACAAGACCAAGAAGGCUCCAGGCCAAUCCACUAUUGGAUUGUUGGUUCAAUUGGCCAAGCAAUUGGGUUUCGCUGGUUCCUUUGCUGGUUUGCCCACAAGAUUGGUUAUGGUUGGUACCUUGACUUCAUUGCAAUUCACCAUCUACGGCUCUUUGAAACAAGCUUUGAACUGUCCUCCAGCUGUUGCCUUGUAA